UGCUCACUCCCCACGCGGUGGGAGCAAUCCAAUGUUUUUCAGACAUACAACCAUUGCCUCAGACUUGGAGUUGCUGACCCUCAUCCCGACUUCUUCUGCCUCUGCUGCAAACCGCCCCAAGGCGGUUUGUGUGUGUGUGUGUGUGUGGGUGCUGAGAGAUAUCUUCCACUAUAAGCCCGUCCUGACCAAGCAGCAGUUCCUGCAGUGGGGUUUCUCUCAGAGGAAAAUCUCUGUGGUGUGUGACGUCAUUAACUUUGUGCAGCAGAAACACAACCAGCUGAAGAAGCCCAGAGUCAGAUGUCCGGCCCAGAACAAGGAGGGCAGGCCGGAUGGCAGAGGAGAAGUUCAGCCCACACUAAUCGCGCCUGAUCAGCCACUCGUAGUGAAUCACACAGAAUAUCAAUCCAUCUUUCAUGCAGAAAGGUUCUCCUCCAGUUCUCCUGGAAACAUGAUCACAGAGGAGGAGGCAGAUGAGGAGGAAGAGGAGGAGGAAGAUGAGCAGGAGGGCGACCGCCUUCAGUCUCACUCAGAGCUAGAGGGACGACUCUCAGCUCUGGAGGCCCAGCUACAGAGUCUGCAGCCUGGACUGGACCGGAUCAGAGUCCUGGAGAGACGCCUGGAAGACCUGGAGAGACGGAGACACACAGAUAAGAGUGAAGGUGACGUGGUGAUCAUCUCCAGAGAGAGCUGGGAGAACCUGAUGAGCAGAGUCGUUCUUCUGGAAACUCAAUCAGAACUUAGAGACACACAGCUCAGUGUCCCACCGCCGUGUGCGUCCUCAUCCUCCGCCUUCUCCAACAUGUCUGAUGCCUCAAAGGAGGAUCUGAAAGAGAGGCUGGAGAGGAUAACAAACAUGAUGAAGAGCACCUCCAGCCUGCUGAAGAACUCUGAAUCCUCUACAACAGACUGCAAAUAAUCUAAUAUAAAUAAUCAUUGUAUCCAUUGUAAAUGUAUCCAUCCGCCUGUUUUUGGUGUUUUAUGAUUAUAAACUUGGUAAUAAACUGGACAAACGUGA